AGACAAAAUGUUCGCGCAGUGAAACAUGGACCCUCUGACGUGGUUAUCCCUGGGGCUGCAGUUAGCGGCGCUGUGCUGCAUCGUAGGCGCGCUGCUGUUGUACCUACUGCGCAAAGUACGCGUUGCAGAGGUGCUGCCGACAGAUGGUGCAAAGACCGUACUCGUCACCUCCGUCGAUACUGCUCUAGGCUUGCAGAUAGCAACAUAUCUAAGCGAUCGAGGGUGGCGUGUGAUCGCUGGCUGCCGUAGCGGCGGGCUGGGCGCGCGCUUGGCUGAGUCCUGGCUGCAGGCACACGUAGCUGCCACACCCGAGGACGAGCAACCUCCCCGCCUCGCCACCCUCGAACUGGAUGUAGCUCGCGAGGACCUACUUGAAGAGUCUGCGAGGGCCAUCGCGCAGCAUCUACCAGCUGGGGAACAUGGCGUGUGGGCGGUGAUCAACACGGCGGGGUGUGGCGGACGCGGCGCGGCGCGCUGGGAGGCGGCGCUGCGCGGUAAUGUGCUGGGCGCGCUGCGCGUCGCGCGCUCCUUCGCGCCUUUGCUCGCCGCCGCCGCCGCCGACCAUCCGCACGCGGGAAGACUCUUUUACAUCGGUUUGACAUCGGACACGGCGUGUGAGAACGUGUCACAGGGGGCGGGUGCAGGGGUGGGGCAGACGCAGGGCGUGCUGGAGGCGUGCGAGGCGGGCGCGGUGUGCGCGGCGGCGCGCUGGGGCACGUGGGGUGCGGCGCGCGCUCUGCGGGGUGCGCUGCGGCCGCGCGGCGUGCGCGUGGUGCUGCUGCACGCGCCGGACCUCUCCGCACUCGACGUGUACGCGCCGCCCGCGCAGCUCAGCGCGCCCAGCCAGCCGGCAAGCCGACCAGAAAGUCCGAGCUCCGACAUAAGCGGUGCGAGCGCGAGCUGUGCGGUGACGAUGCCGGGCGAGGCGGCGGAGUACAGCGCCAAGGUGCUGCCGGCCGCCGCGCUCAGGCUGCUGGAGGACGCACUCACUACGCCCGCACCAAAAGACUCCUACUACUUGAAAGUCAAACACGACUCCUGGUUCACAAGGAUGCCUUCCUUGAGGGUCGGACACUGAACUAAUUAAUAGGGCGUGGCUUUGUUUACGAAUUCGCUUCAAAGAAGUUUUUAAAACUGCAUUGAAUCAUGAUUGUUUGAUUCUAAAAGUUUACUGAUGUUAAAUGUUUGAA